AUGGGGAAGAUCAUCUGGGUCGGCUGGCCGCAUCUUACUAGAGCCAAAGUUAUAUCAGUAUCAAACGAGAAAGUUCGUCUGCAUCACAACGACCAACAGACCCCAAUAGGUCUUCAUUACUCGACGGAGCACAACACGGGAAACCUUCACAAACAAUGGAUCUCUGAACGGUCUACUAUUAUUGAACAUAAUAUGAAUCGUCUAGGCAUUGAACUUGGUGACGUCAAUGUGAUCGUGCAUGCCAAAAAUUUAAAAGGUUAUAAAUACGUAAUUCAAGACAAUGUUCGCAUGGCUAUGGAGGAGGAGUGGUGCGAUACCCCUUGUGGGUACGCCUUUCAAGCUAUAGUGGCUAAUGCCAAGGCUUCAGAGCUGAAGCCUCCUGCUAAAUAUCUCACUCCAACGGAGGCCUAUCCCACGGGAGAUACCGUGUUCCUGUUGACGCAGGGACAGUACUAUGGAUGUCUUGCAACGGUGGUAAAUGCGGACGCGGCCCGUAGCGGGCGUAUAAAGGUGUGCGUACGAGAGGCCAAAGAACCCGUACCACGAGCUCAAGCCGCCGCUUGCGCUUAUCGAUCCGCUAAUCACGCCGCUGCUGCUUGUGGUAUAUCUGCACAAAUGCUCUCGCGCAUAACAGGAUCGAUUCUGGUUAUAUCGGGUGUACGGAAUGACUUGCCAACGGAGACACAGUCCAAGAUCAAUAUUGGACUCAAUCUCAAGUUUAAUAAAAAGAACCAAGAAGUAUCAGGUUACACCCGCCGGUGUAAAGUGACAAACUCAUGGACAUACUCGGAACGAUGUGUCGAGUUGGUGAAAAGUUAUGCGAGGGAAUAUCCAGAAUUGUUCGACAAACUUGCCUACACGAUGAACCGGGAUGUAUUCUUUGAAGGCGAUUUGUGGCCUGAUGCAGUGGGUCAAAGUAAACCUCAAGAAGUCCAAAAAUGGCUGAAAACGCAACCCCAUAACGGCGCAGCGCGCAGACAGUGUGGUUCCGAAGCCCUGGAGCCAGAGGAGAUGAAGGCUAUUUGGAAGAAUUUAGAGGAACAGCUGAAAGAGAUCAAAAGUCAAAAAUCUGUCAAUUUGAGUGUCAAGUGGAAUGUGUUGUAUAAGCCGGAAUUGCACGAGGGCAACAUUGCGCCGGAUUCACAUGCUGACUACAAAAUGUACGACCGCAUAGUAUGCGUUGCCCGUAAUAUAACUGUGCCGCUUGGGGCUAAAGGCACAGUGACGGCGAUUUAUCAACCAACUGAUGGCAAUACUGUGCGGUUAUCGGAUAAAAUGAACGCUCAACCUACGUAUCAGGUGAUGUUCGACGAACCCUUUGCAGGCGCGAUGUCUGAAGAUCUAUUUGAAGAAUCCAGAUUUUAUAGAAUGCUACCAACGAACAUGUUAAAUAUAUCCUACGGGCGUCAAAUCCGAAAUAUACAAACGGACAACAACGAAGAUACAAAUUCGUGGGGCUUCACACAACCGCCCGCUAUUCUUCGCAGGGACAACACACACCACUCCGCGUUCGCCAGUUAUAGUCCCCCGUGGGAGAUGAAACCAGCUACUCCGGAGGCAAAAAUACCAGAGGCAAAAACACCAGAGGCAAAAACACCAGAGGCAACUAAUGGCGGACAUAAGGAAGACCCGACGACACUCUUGAGAAGUCUUCUGAAAAUAAGUGAAAAUGCAACGGACCAGACAAAACAGAAUAAGAACAAGGACGAAGUGAACUCAAAUUGGAGAAGUAAGGACAAACAACCGAUAAUACCACAAGCGAAAACUCAGCCACAAAAUUGGAGAAAGGACACCGAGUACCGACCCCCAGUACCUCAAAGCGAUUGGGUGAAUUCCAACUCUAAUUAUUACAAGAAUCAACCACAAGCACCUCCAUUCGUACCUUUUGCCCCACAAUAUCCGCCUCCGCAGUAUCGUCCCAGGAACAAUUUCCCAAAACAUUUGCCCAGCGUGAGCAAUUUACUUCCCAGCUGGACGCAGAACUCUCCAGCGCCAUUCCAGUCUAACCAAGCCAAUGAAAACCCAUCAAACAGCAAAUCCAGCCAAUCCAACCAAUCACGGACGAACCAGGGCGUGAAUAACCCAUUCGUGCCUUUACAAGUGCAGACUAGUCAAAGACGAGCCAACAAUGUGAACCAGCCUCCUCGUAACAUGGAGAGUCAGCCACCAACACAAUCUUUGCUACCCAAGCCUCAGCCUGUCGUGGCUCAGGUACCACAGAAUAAUCAACCUCCAACGAAUAGGACCAAAAAGAGGAAACCCAGAAUAGCGGCCAAUCUUCCUUUUCAGUUUGACUGA